CGCGAAAUAGGGUUUACAGACGGCUGCCAUUAUUUAUUUGACGUGAUUGUUUCUGGCUACUCUCAGAAGAUAUAUAAAUCAAAUAAAAUUAAUUGGAAUAAUGUAUGUGGUGGAGGAUAAACUUAUCUAAUCAGAUUACAUUUUCAAAAACAAAAAAAAAAAGGAAAACUUAAAGUAAGGGUAUAAUGCUUUGAAGGAGGCGUUGAGAACAAAACACUUUUCCAGAAUCACGAUUCAGUUUGUGCCCUACAAAACAACGUGGUGGUAGGUGAACAUGUAAGUCUAAGAGCUGGUGUUAGCGCUGACCUUCUGUCUAUAAAAUAUAAAUACCAAAAACGAUACGCUAUAUAUUACGCUUGAUAUUUCCCUUUUGUUCAAAGUCAAAGAGGAACCAUCAGAUGUAACGUUACGAUAAUGGUAAUGGAAACAGUGUUCAUCUAUAACUGUCCAGCAACAGUUGUAUAAGCAACAGCUGUAUAAAUUACUGGGAUUCCAAGAUGGGAUCCCAUAUUCGAUUAUAUGGGCUUGGUAAUAUUGGCAGACUACCAAAGUGAUUUCAGAGAAAUCUAUUCCCACUCUGGGUCGAUGUUUUCAAUUAACCGUUUUACUACAUACCAGUUAUAUUUUUCGUAUACAUUAUAUGGUUGACACUAUACAUUUAGUUUAUGUGUGUGCUCGUCCGUUUGUUUCAAAAACUACGGUAUGGCACAUUUGUUGUUUUUCCAUGCUUAUAAAUAUAGAUUAUUGAUUACGUUUAAUAGAUCUUCCGAGUCUACGUGACUUUUACGCUGCGAAAAUCUGGACUAAAUAUGUAAGAUGUUUUAAACUGAUUAAAAUUUAAUAAUAUGAAUAUCAUUAUCAGCUUUUCAGAGGGUUAAACAUCGAGAUAUUAUUGUGUAAAACUGUCCCCAAACGACAUAUGUAGUGUAGUUUUUUUGUUUUUUUUUAUAUAAUAGGCGGUAUGAUUUUAUAAAAAAGCAAAAAGAGAACAUUCGGGUUAAAACGUGUAUCGCUACUACACGUAUGAUAAUCUAUUUUUAGAUUUGUAGUUAUUUCUAUUUUCAGAUUAAUAGGAUUGCAUAGCUGGCUCCUGUCGAUUUUACAAGGUAAGCAAAUCUGAAAAUUGUUUGAAUAAUUUUGAAAAGAUGUGGAAAUAAAAAUGGAGCAACAAAACUUAGAACAGCAGAGCCACAACAAUAUUGAAUUUCAUCGCUCUCGUCACCUAAGGAAGUAUCGCCUGGUUCAGUGUAAAGCAGUAGAAGAUGGCCUUGUCGAAGUACAGAACGUUUAUCAAGAGGUUACAAUCUCUUACUAUGUGGCCGUGUCGGCUUUUUCUUGACAUUGAUAACGUUGCUAGGUCUGGAUUUUGCUAUCAUCAGUAUCGCUAUUACUUCUGCGCGUUUGUAUCUUCACAUUAUACAAAUACAGUUGAAGGUGACGAGCAAGACCUACUUAGAUGUGCGUUUUGCAGAUGUACACUCGCAAAUUGGAAGCGAGAUACUGAUCCCUGGCAGGAACAUGCCACAGCUGCACCAUUUUGUAUCCAUUUGAUGGCAUGUAAGGGUAAUGACUACAUCUUCCGUGCCCUACAAAAGGAAGAGGUGAUAGACGGACAUAGUGCGGCAGAUUGUUUCUCGAAGCUUUUUCAGACAGGGAUAUUGAAAAAUCUGUAUGCGUAUGGAGUGAGAAAAAUCAUUGAUUUAAAACAACAGUCGGAUGAAGCCACAGAAUAUAAUCCCGUAAAGACAUAUAUGACGUAUAGCGGAGUCAAGUUUGCCAUGCCUAUCCGAAUACACUUGACCGAAUUCACUUCAAGGAGAGAAACUUUAAACAGGAUUCCGGAGAUUUAUCGCAGGAGCUUGAAACUCGACGAAAUGGCAGAUGCAGGACUUUAUUUUACCGAUCAUAGCCGUGGAGAUAUGACUGUUCUUCAAACUGUGCUGUCUUUGAUAGCGAAUUGUUUGUGUAUUUGCUUUUGUUUAAGAUCUCUUGCUGCUGGCAACUGCUUCAAGAAAACACGUCAAAUUUGCAGUGAAUUCCGUAAAGCUCAACAUAAUGCAGGCCAUACUUGGAAACGCAAGUCUGGUCCAGACAAUGAAGGAGUAGAACUUUUUCAUUUUGAACACAUGCUGAAGUCACUUAAACUCAGUGGGCCAGAUGAUGCGAAACAAAAGCGGUCUCUAAGACACAGAGGAGAGAAACGCCGACAACGAUGCGCUUGUUGUCAACAGAGACGUAGGGAAAAGAAACUUCGACAGGAAAGCCUACGAAUGCCUGGGAGUUUCUUACAAAGAUUUAUUUCAAAGGGUAAUUGUGUAGGACCUCACACAUGCUUUAAGUGCGGAAGUGAAGAUUCCAUGAAUAGCAUCCUUUGUGUAUCACUGUGUUGUGAUAUCAUUGUUUGUGGCAAGUGUGUUGUGAAUGGAGAGUGUCCAAAAUGCAAUGUGUCAAAUGCUGCUGUUAACAUGCAAACAGCGUAGAAUUGUUCGUGUUGUAGAUGUUUGAAAAAUAAAAGCUAUACAGUAUC